AUGCAGCGAGGCAGGGUGCGGGCGCCGGCGGCGCUGCUGGCGCUGCUCUGCGCGGCGCUGCUCCCGCUCCGCCCGGAGGCCGCCAGGGCGCCCAAGCAGCGGCCGGCGCGGACGCGGAGCUGCGGCGAGCGGCCCGAGGAGCUGCUGGAGCAGCUGUACGGGCGGCUGGCGGCGGGCAUGCUCAGCGCCUUCCACCACACCCUGCAGCCCGAGCCGCCCGGCCGCCAGCACAACGCCAGCUGCCCCGCCGGGGCACGGCCGCCCGCCGACAAGAGAGUCCGGCUCCCCGUGAACCUGCGCAGCGCAUCGCCCUGGGCAUACAGGAUCUCCUAUGACCCCACGAGAUACCCCAAGUACAUUCCCGAAGCCUACUGCCUGUGCAAAGGCUGCCUGAUGGGGCUCUUUGGCGAGGAGAGCCUGCAGUUCCGCAGCACGCCCGUGUUCAUGCCCACCGUCAUCCUGCGCCGCACGCCCGCCUGCGCCGGCGGCCGCUACGUCUACACCGAGGAUUACAUCACCAUCCCCGUGGGCUGCACCUGCGUCCCCGAGCAGGAAAAGGAGGCAGAGAGCCUCAAUUCCAGCAUCGAUAAGCAAGCAGUGAAGUUGCUGGUGGGCCAGAACAAGCCCUCAUCGGAAUGAAGAAUGGAUUAAAAGUCAUGUUUCAGUACUGGCCUCACAUCAUCACCUCAUCACCUCAGGAAACUGCACCGCAGCAGCAAACACACUCACUCACCCUCUUUUCUGCUUAGUUAUUUCAGAUAUAGGAUGGAAAGUCCAGUCACUCCGAUCAUUAGAGAUGGCAAUUAAUUCUAUUUCUUUAGCUCAUGUAAUCUUGUUUAGUUCAUUAUUUCAAACUCCAAAGUAGCUUUUCUUUUCCCUUAGAGAAGAACAGAAUUUUAUCUUUGCUUAUUCACAGCAAAUGUUAGAAGAUGAUGUAACUGUAAGACAUGGUGGCUAUUACUAUAGCAGGCUACUGGUUGUAGAUAUUUUUGAGGAAUCCCUUAUAUUCUUUUAAGUACACUUGUAUAAAAAUCACACAGCUGCCCUACAUGUGACAAAUCAGCAGUUAAAAGGAUAAUUUCUCCAGCUGGGAGAGCCUCCCUUUAUACUGCAUAAGCUCCAAGCUUUGCCUCUGAGCUGUUACCUCUUUGGCUAAUUUAUACACUACAGCAAGGAAACCUUUGCUGAGUUGGAGUCAUUCAUGAAGCAAUAUUCUAUGUGCUUGCUAUUUUUAAACUUGCCAAAUUGCUAAGGGUACAAAGGUGUUGAGAAAAAACAUGCUAGAAUAUUGUAAAAAUGCAGCAGACUUUUUUUAUGUGGACUAUGUCUAAUUACAAAGAAAAUAUCAAUUAGGAAAAACACAGUUUGUGUCCCAAGGAUCCAUCACUGACUGCUUAACUUCCUUGUGAUAAAACUGUGUUCCAUGCAGCUGAAAGGCCAAAACCUUUCUCAUUUUAGGAGAGGAGAUUCCCCAUUAAAAAGUAAGUACCAAGGAUCAGCUUCGCCUCAGGUGUGCUGCAGGUGAGUAAGCAGGCUAGGUCCUAACUUCCAGAUCCUACAAGAGGUCAUUGAGUCCCAGCCAACCCAAAGUUGUUAAAUCCAACUGAUUUUUACAAUUACUGUUACUCAUGUCUCCUUAUGCUACAUGUAACAGAUGAUCACCACCUGCAAAAGCUGACCAGGCAGCCUUCCAUCUGUGCAGCCUACUGCUGAUGGAACUUGGUGGCAGGCUCUCACCAGAAACCCUGCAUACACAAAAACUUGCAUUUCCAGAACAAGAGACUGAAGUUGACUCAGCCUAAUGAAUGAGAAUCGGGAAUGACCAGGCAUGCCUUGCACAAAUGUAAUUCCUCAGAGGGCCACACUCACCAAAACAGAUAAACCUCUGAAUGCACAGCAGAGAAUCUCUUUUACAGAUGAUCAUGACUGCAAUGUCUUUACAGAAUGAACAUCAUAUGCAGCAAUGUGUCUGCUACAUCAUGAAUCUUGAAAUUUGCCUUAAUUCAUAGCAGAAAAAGCCCCUACACUACAUAAACACACUCUUCUUUGGAGUGGAUGAAGAAUGGAAAGACUAUGAGCUAAUCACAACCAACAAGUUGAAGACAGAAUGAAAGUCAUAGGAUAACUCCAUCAUUAUUGAUUAUGCUCUCUCUGACUCAGUCUAGAGAUAUAACAAUAUUUUUAUAGCGCAACCGGUGAAACCUCUUACAAAGCCUAAAAUAACUUUAAGAACUCCAGAAACAAAUAAAGAUUCCCAUCACAAUGCCA